AUGGAAGAUUGUUACCGACAGCACAUGGAGGACCGCGACCAUGUUGCCGAGUUCUCCACUAGCUUAUGCGAAGACAUCUUUGACCUCACUUCACUCUUCUCCACCACGCAGACGGAUCAGUCCGGGCUCCCGUUUGAUAACAGCACGCUAGCAGGGAAAAAACGACCUAGAGGGAGUGAUGAUGGAGACGUAGAAGCUCCACAGGGCUAUUUUGGCGAGAACGAGGAUCUCGAGGCUUUCCGGUUACUUGUCCCAGAACUAUUCCCUCACUGCCCAUCCUUAGACAAUCGCCGACCGGUUAACUUCAUUGAGAACCCGUUUUUUGAGGAUCACUUGGCCAUUGUUGAAAGACACCCCCAUCUCAGGCCAACAAGCCAAAUGAACACUGGCGUCGUCAUCAACGGCUACCUGAAAUUCGUACUAAUACUUCAAAAUGGACUAGACACAUUGGCCAUUUGUGGUGGGCGCACCUUGUUGCCAAAGACCAAUGCCUGGCUUGAUUUAGGCAGUGUCAUUGAUAGUCACGAAUGUGCACGGCAUGCAGCUCUAGCUUUUUCAGCAGGCUAUAUGCUUGAUUACAUUCCUAGCGAAAGGCUUCGAAUCAGAGCAAACUUUCACUAUAAAAGAGCCAGUGAGCUUUUAGCGCUGGCACUUAAUGAUCUGAACAUCUAUCAAGUCGGCAAAGAAGAUGGCGUCAUAACUGCCUUGCACCUCCUUUGGAGCGACGAUAUCGUGCAGUGGGAACUUCGGGAACCAAAAACUGUGAGGCCUCGCUGGAGACGAGGUACACGGACUGCAACGGCAAUACUAGACGCGACUGAUCCAGGAUAUCGGUACUGGAAGCCGGAGAACGUCCAGAUCACCAGCAUAAGACGCAGCAAUGCAAAUAUGUGUGCUUAUGCUGAGAUCUGUGCCCUGCCAGUGACAAGGCUGUUUGUUACAGAGAUAGACAAGCUUUAUCCUUGGCUUCUAGAGGGGUCGGAGGAGGACGUACGCCAAAUCCACGGCGGUACUGGUGUCUCCCCUAAGGUUUUGCAUAUCUAUGCCCAAAUCACACAGCUCUCUGCCCGUAUCGCCGAACUCCCCGAUUCUCCAAUCCUCCCACAUGCGGCAGAUGCGCUCAUGCGGCGGCUAGAGAACUUCCGGCAAACUUCAGAACUAUCAAGAGGACAUGAAACGACGGCUCAGCUGCUUGAAUCCUGCAUCCUGGAUGAACGUGGGUUAGUGCAUUGCGCAACAAAGGUUACUGAAUUAACAGCCGAGACAUGGGUGCAAGCUGCCAAAAUAUACCUCUGUUGUAGAUUCUUCAGGUCGGUCCACACCUUUAUCAUUUCUCCGUGCUCGCCGCACAGAACGAGAUGA